GUGCUGUACACGACCAUGUCGCGUCUUCUUCGUGGUUCCUCGUCGAUCAAGGAAGGUUCCAAAGUGACCUCGUAUUCCAAGGACCGUUCGCCCGACGAGCAGGAAGAUCACGCGUUAAAAUCGUACAAGAACAUCUCGAAUCGUUACCAUUUUGGAAUGACGGGGCAACAGAACGACGAGGUGAGCAAGAACGGUCGAGACUAUAAGGAGCACGGCAACGUAAACGCGGACUUGUUGUAUAAAAAGAGUAAGGAACACUUUGGCGCCUGGGACAUCAAGGACAUUGUGCAGAACGAGGGUCUCAGAUCGAGGAAGCAAACAGAUCGAUUCGAGGGUUCUCGAUUAACCAACGGACGAUCGAAGAACGAUUCCACGAGGCAGGAUCGUUGCGAUGAUCACGAGGAGACGUUGCAGCGUGACGAUGGAACGAGGACGGGAUCCAUCGAUCGCGAACAUGCAGCAUCGCAUAGAUCGAAAAAGAAAGAAGGCUGGGAAAACUCGGACGCCUCGAAAGUUACGUCGAAGCUGGCUCGAUCGAAAUACGACGACAAAGACGACGUGCAGAGAAACGACGAGAGGGAGCAACUUCUGAAGGAGAUCGAGAACUUGGCGGUCGAUGGAAGAUCGCCGGAUCGAAGGAUCAAGGCGAUGAUUGAGCGCUUCAAGUCUCGAGAAGAAGACAAAUUGAAGUUCAGAGCGGAGCGCGAUUCGCACAGUCCGGAAAAGGACGAGUAUAGGUCGAAAAGUGGAGGUCGAGGCGAAGUUCAAGUAGAUCGUAUCAACGAUCGAGAAGGUGAGCGCAGAUCUGGCAGAUCUAAAUUGCGAGACCUGGACACGUACGAGCAGGAAGAUAAUAGAAAUCGUUCCGUGGAUCGAAGGAUAGAGAAAUCCAAUGAUUCGUUUACAGAGAGAAAAGCCGACGCGUAUGGUGUGGAAAAAGCACAUAGACGACCUAGAGAAGUGGAAGACGACGUUUCUCGAAGGAAAAACAGUCCAAAGAGAAGAAGUUACGUUUACGAUGGCAAUCCGGAGGAUUUCGACGUGCGAAUACAGAAGUACGAGAGAGCUCUCGUAGAACCCAGAAGAGAUCUAGAAUCGUCUAGGCGAGUUUCGUUGAAAGAUUCGGACGUCGACUUAGGGAGAAAGGACUCGUUCAAGGAUCACGAUCGACAGGUGACGAGAAAAAGUUCGUUUAAAUCUGCUGACACGAAGAAGAGUCACUCUCGGGAUAGGGAGCCCAGUUUGAGUAGGAAAACGUCCUUCAAGGACGAAGAAAACGAUUUAUACAGAAAAAACUCGUUCAAGAGCCAGGACGUGGAGAAGAAAUACUUCGGAAGGGAGCCGGAACACGUCUCGAGGAAGAAUUCGUUGAAAGAGCAGGUCUACGACGCAAGAAGGAAAAAUUCCUUCAAGGAACAAAAUUCGGAUUAUGGCAGAAUUCUGCCGAGGAAUCGCGACGACGAAGAGGAGAGGAAGCGUUCGCUGAAAGGACAUACCGACGGAGUCAGUAGAAUCACUUUCAAAGAACACGACUUUGAUUCAGGUAGAAUUCACUCGUACAAGGAUCAAGAGCCAGACGUCGGCAGAGUUAGCUUCAAAGAUCAUUCCAGCGGCGACUUAGGUCGUAAAAAUUCCUUCAAGGAGAAGACCGUCGAGUUUGGCAGAAUUUCCUACAAAGAUCGUAACGACGAUGCGGAUCGAAGACCUGUCCACAAAGGCCAGGAUAACGAACCGAGUAAAGUGUCUUUUCGAAACUUGGACGAGCCAAGGAGAAGGCACUCUCCUAAUGGACGAUACGUCGAAUUUGGCAGCGUGUCGUUCCAGACUCAAGACGACGAGACCCGAACGAGCCCCCUAAACGAUCAGGAUUACGAUUUGGAAAGAGACUCCUCGUUGAAGAGGCGAACGUCUUCGAAGAGCAAAAAUCACGAGGCUAUCGAUAAAAGAUCGAACAGACAUUCCAGACCGUUGACACCGCCGAAACGGGACGAACCGAAAGCGGAGUGUCGAAAGGAUGCCAAGGACCGCGAGGAAUUCGAUUCCAAGUCGUGGCACGAGAGCAACCGGAUUUUCGCCGCCAAGUAUUUCCGAGAGAACAGCAGAUACCGUGCGAAUCCGGAGGGUCGUUCGGAGAUCGACCGAGAUCCCUCUCCCGAAACGGGAAUUCAAGAAUUCCAUGGCAGAAAACACUCGAACGAAGGAUUCGGCAACGAGAUAGAAGACUCGAAACGCAGCUGCACGAAAUUGGAAACGUACAGCGGCUUUGGCAACGGGGAACAUCCUCGAGAUCUACAGAGUAGAUACACGUCGACCCACGAGAGAAACGGGGCGACGAUCAUCAGGAUUCGAACGAGUCCGGAGACGAGCCCGGCCGAGAGGAGGCGUCGCCGUCGUCCUGUACAGGACACGUACGCGGAAAGGAGAAGGCGUUACGAGGCGGAGGACGAAGCGGACAGCGACGAAGACGAGGAGGAGAAUGAUCGUCGACAGAGAGGGUCGACGCGCGGAGACGGCUUUAUACCAGGGAGAGGCGUUUCUACACCUUCGAGAAGAGUCUGGAAUUACCGCGAAGGGGGUGUCCUGAUCACGGACGUCGAAGAGGGGCAACCUUGUCUACAAUGCGGAGAUACGUGUUCAGGAUUCUCGCCGCACACGUGGAGAAAGAACUGCACCAGUUGCAAGUGUCCCCGAGAGGCGCACGAUGUGUGCCACGAAGAAUGGGUAUCGGUCAGGUCUCGUUUGGGCCUUAAAGGCGAAGAAUCUUCGUGCCCGGUUGCUUUCGACCCCAGGGAGAAGGGCCUCGCCUGGGCUCCUCCUGGUCUACCAGCUCACAAGGUGGAAGAAUACUUCUCCAUGCUGCCGGAGAUAUCCGUACCCAGGCUAGGCACGCCUGGGGAACGAUACAGGGACCGACAAUUGGCGAUUCAGCUACCUAAGCAGGACUUAGCCAGAGCUUAUUGUCGCCAUUUGAAUCCGAAACAUGCCAGUAGCGCCGACGAUUUUAUGGCGGCGAGGAACGAGAUCGCGUUAGAUAUCGGAAGCGUACAGGAAGUACUCGAGAGAGAUCUCGAUUGCGGCGCGUGUCACGCACCCCUGAAAUACGGUAGCCUCGCCGUAUCAGCGAGCAAGUUGGGUCUUUUGUAUCAUCCUGCUUGUUUCCGAUGCACAGAGUGUAAGGAGCUUCUCGUUGAUCUCGCUUACUGCGUACACGACGACACUCUGUUCUGCGAGAGGCAUUACGCCGAACAGCUGAAACCCAGGUGCGCAGCUUGCGACGAGUUGAUUUUCAGUGGCGAGUACACGAAGGCGAUGAACAAGGACUGGCACAGCGGCCAUUUCUGUUGCUGGCAGUGUGACGAAUCUUUGACCGGGCAGCGUUACGUGCUCAGGGACGAGCACCCUUACUGCAUCAAAUGCUACGAGAGCGUUUUCGCCAAUGGCUGCGAGGAGUGCAACAAAAUCAUCGGUAUCGACUCCAAGGAUUUGUCGUACAAGGAUAAGCACUGGCACGAGGCCUGCUUCCUCUGCAACAGGUGCAGAGUGUCCUUGGUGGACAAACAGUUCGGUAGCAAGGUGGACAAGAUCUACUGCGGCAACUGCUACGACGCCCAAUUCGCCAGCCGUUGCGAUGGAUGCGGCGAGAUCUUCCGUGCUGGUACCAAGAAGAUGGAGUACAAGACCAGGCAAUGGCACGAGAAGUGUUUCUGCUGCGUGGUCUGCAAGAACCCGAUCGGUACGAAGAGCUUCAUUCCGCGCGAGCAAGAGAUCUAUUGCGCUGCGUGCUACGAGGACAAGUUCGCCACCCGAUGCGUUAAGUGCAACAAGAUUAUCACCAGUGGCGGCGUAACGUACAAGAAUGAACCGUGGCACAGAGACUGCUUCACCUGCAGCAACUGCAACAAUUCACUGGCUGGCCAGCGAUUUACGUCCCGCGACGACAAGCCCUACUGCGCCGAUUGCUUUGGAGAACUGUUCGCCAAGAGAUGCACCGCCUGCUCCAAACCGAUUACUGGCAUUGGCGGAACUCGUUUCAUCUCUUUCGAGGACAGGCAUUGGCAUAACGAUUGUUUCAUCUGCGCGGGUUGCAAGACCUCGCUGGUCGGUCGUGGAUUCAUCACCGACGGCGAAGACAUUAUCUGCCCUGAUUGCGCCAAGAUGAAGUUUAUGUAGAGGGGUAGUGAAACAUCGAGCGAAGAAGAACGAACGAGAAGUAGGGGAGAGGGAAAAGGAGUAAGAAAACGAGAAUUAUCAAGGGUCUACGGUGUCCAGUCUACAUACGGGAAUAAUAUCCUCGCUAAGAAACCUUCCCUUGGAAACAACUGGAAGAGUCCGCUUCGAGAAAAAGAAAGGAAGAAGAAGGAAGUCGACCAACUGUAACAUAAUUGCAGAAGGAUAAUUGAAUAAUUUAGUCACCACCUCUCGAACGCGAUAAAAAUUACCGUGUUUUCUCCCAUACGUAUAAUAAUAUAUAUAUCAUUAUACGUAUGUAUACGUGCUCAUAGUUGAGAAGGGCGGUACUUUUUAUUAAAAAACCGGACACCAUCCCGCGACGAUUUUUUUCGUAUUGGUCGGAAAGCUCUCUGUUCUUCUCGAUCGGCUCGGUAAUAAUGCCGAGUUCUUGUGCAUAUUAUCUUGAAGCAGAGAACGCGAGCAGAAACGAGGGUACUUCCUAGCUUCGUAGUCUUUAGAGGUCAGUUUAGUCACUCGCGAUUCCGAGUUCUCCGUCGCGCCGUAACAGCCGAAGAAACAAAGGAAAGUAAAAUCGAACAAACGUAAAAAUUAUCGCAGAGUAGCGCGUUGGAGAAACCGAAGGAAUAUGCCUUGAAAAGUACGAGAAUCAAACCGCCUUAAUCAGUAUAGUUACUGUCGUCGAGUUAUCGAGCUGUGUGUUUAGAAGUGGAACGAAGUUACGUACUGUCGUGCUGUUAUUAACGUUACUGUUUCUUUCUUUUCGCUUUAUACAAUGAUAGAGAAACGCACGACAAAGAUUAACGCGAGGAGUAAAAGUGAAACGACAGGGACAAGAAAGGAAGAACAGAUGGAUCCUAUAUAUUCUUACGGAAUUAAAUUUGAUAUACCUAUGAUAAUAUUAUUUUUAUUUAACUUAAACUCACACGUACACACACGAACACAAUCGCGAACAAUCACACACGUAUACACUAACGCGAAUCCCAACACGCGCGAGAACUGCACCCUUUUUUCUCUCUCUCUCUCUCUCUCUAUCUCUAUCUGUCGCUCCGCGAUAUUGUACAGUAAGACUCGUGCAAAAUUCGAGUAUAACGAACGACUAAUUAAAACGACCGGGCUCGGGUGCACAGUUGUUAGAAAAAUUCAAAAUUUUUCAAAUUCAAGGGUUUUUCGAUGUAUGAGAUUUUUAAUGUACAAAUUUUACUUUUGUAUUACUCCGACGGUUGUAACUAAAUUUUUAGCUUUCCUAUGUUAGCCUCGAUUUUAACGAUUUUAACUCUCACACGAGCCCACAAGUGCACAUAUUCGCGAAUGCGUGAAAACGCGAAUUUUAAAUGCAAUCGACCUUCAUGUUCGAUCGUUGUACUUUUUCUCGAACAAGAAAGUCAGUAUAAGGAUCGAAAUGAUCUUGUUAUCUCGCGUAUCCGCGAUAUACGUUCGCGAGCAUUUUUUGCAUUGACCACAUCAAAGUGGAGAAAAUGAUAAAAAAUCGAAAAAAAAAUAAAUAAAUAAAAGGAAGAGAAAGAAAAAGAAUCACACGCAUCCACACACGCAUGCCGGACGAGUGUGCGACACGCACACGCGGAAAAUCACUAAUUGUGGCCUUAUCCGCACGAGUACAUAAAAAUAAAAAAAAAAAAAACUAACGUCUUACGAAAAAUAAUUAGUUGUUGAUACGGUACUUGGUAGAGAUGUGUUACCGUCGAGAAGAGAAAGGACAAGAGAAUAGGCUAACAAACGGUAGCGUACCUCUAUAACGAAAUAAAAGGAAAGCGAAAGAAGAAGAAGCGAAAAAAAAUAUCGUGACGACCAAUAAAAAGUACACGUGCUAUAUAAUAUAUGUUCUUACCGAUCACUCACAUACUAAUCGCCUUAAUUAGUAAACGAUAAAGAGCAGAGAUUAUUCUAUAUUCAGCGUAUCGUAUACACUGUUAUACUGUGAAAUUGAUAAAUAAAUAAAUGUAAUUAUUUACAAAA